AUGGGGCAGACUCUAUCUGAGCCCGUAGUUGAAAAGGUAUCUGACGAUGGUCAAGACGAUAGAGUCGCAUUCGGGGUUUCUGCGAUGCAAGGAUGGCGUAUCAGUAUGGAGGACGCACACGCUGCCAUAUUAGAUCUACAAAUUGAAAGCGACAAAGAAUUUCAAGCUGCGAGUCCCGAUGACCGCGUAAGCUUCUUUGGGGUAUAUGACGGUCACGGGGGAGACAAAGUGGCCCAAUUUGCUGGCGAAAAUAUACACAAGAUUCUCGCGAAACAAGAGGCUUUCAAGACCAAAGACUUUGAACAGGCAUUGAAGGACGGGUUUCUUGCUACAGAUCGGGCAAUAUUGAGCGAUCCGAAGUACGAAGAGGAGGUCUCUGGCUGUACAGCUUCCGUUGGUCUAAUUUCGAAAACAACGAUAUACGUUGCUAACGCUGGAGAUUCCCGCACUGUGCUCGGUGUAAGAGGUCGAGCAAAACCACUUUCAUAUGAUCAUAAACCUCAAAACGAAGGCGAAAAGGCCAGAAUAUGCGCCGCUGGCGGAUUCGUCGACUUCGGUCGGGUCAAUGGAAAUCUAGCACUCUCACGUGCCAUUGGUGAUUUCGAGUUCAAAAAAAGUGCAGACUUGUCACCAGAGCAACAGAUCGUGACGGCAUUUCCAGACGUCUUGUCACACACGAUAACAGAUGACGACGAAUUCUUGGUCAUUGCAUGUGAUGGCAUCUGGGAUUGCCAAUCAUCACAAGCCGUUGUUGAAUUCGUUCGGCGAGGGAUCGCCGCUAAGCAAGAGCUCUCGAAGAUAUCCGAAAACAUGAUGGACAACUGCCUGGCCUCAAAUAGUGAAACGGGAGGUGUCGGUUGCGACAAUAUGACAAUGAUUGUUGUUGCGUUAUUAAGAGGCAAAUCGAAAGAUGAGUGGUAUCAGGAUAUAUCAGAUAGGGUAGCUAAAGGAGACGGUCCUUGCGCCCCUCUGGAGUACGCGGAAUUUCGAGGGCCAGGUGUCAGGCAUCAAUUUGAGGACAGCGGCGACGACUAUGACAUGGACCUCAACAAUACUGGCAGAGGCCGAAUUAUUUUUCUCGGCGAUGGGACAGAGGUUCUUACCGACGGCGAUGACGCAGGGGAGGACAAGGAUGCUGAAACGUCAACGAGCAACAGCGAGCCAGUGCGCACUGAAGAGAAGAGGGCCGACCGAGAAGAAACGCCCGGUCCAGAGCCUCAAAAGUCAGCUGCGACUCACGAAAAGCAUGAAACCAUGGACACAGCAGACGACACUGCUAAACCCCUUACGAGUGACAUUGAGAAACCGAAAGCCGCUGCCACCAUUCAGCUACCUCCGAAUGCGAUCCCAGAGACCGCGCUACCAGAGAAAAUUGUUGGGCCGACGGCGCCUCAGGGACAGUAA